AUGCCUAGGAUCAAGAGCUUUGCGCCGAGCUGGCUCAACGAGCCAUCCCCAGGCCACAAGCUGUUUUCCCAAUCAGCCGAUGAUGCCAGGCUUUCUAUGACUUUGCCAUAUGGCAAAAAACCGAAACCGGGGCCACGGCGGACCAUAGCGCGGCGGGGCACCGAGGUCUUCGUCGCGGUCGGGAAGCAAAUACGAUGGGGAGACCUCGCCUACCUGAAGGAGUCGUGGGAAACAAAGCAUGCGCGUUCCAGCUCUGGGACUCGCAUCAAGCGGGAGAGCUCCGAGGACUCGUUCGACCACGAGAACGGGGUUGUCGGCCAUGAAACAGAAGGAUACCGGAUCAUCAAAACACCUGUCGCCGACGAUAUCCGCCAGCUUGUUAUGUCUCCGAAUCAAGAUCUCCUAGCAGUCUUGACAUCGCAUACUGUCCACAUCUGCAUCCUACCUGACUCGUCUCACCUCUAUGCGAAGGACACAGCACCGUUCAAGCCCAAGUUUUGGACCCUCGGGCCGACCACUCAUGUUACCUCGCGCCCCGCAGUUGUUUCGGCAUUAUGGCAUCCUCUGGGGGUCAACGGAACGGCGCUUGUCACGGUUACUGAAGAUGCCGUGGUGCGUGUUUGGGAAUUAUCCACCGCCGACCGCUGGACCUUCGACUCGGCGACUCUCGCGAUCGACUUGAAGAGGCUAGCGGACGGGACGUCUUUGGAUCAAGAUUUUACUGCCUCGGUGUCGACUACGAACAAGGGCUUUUCGCCCGAUGCAUUCGACAUGGAAGUCGCGGCUGCAUGCUUCCCCGCUAGGGGCUCCGGGGGCUGGUCGCCAAUGACAUUAUGGGUAGCCAUGGCGGGGGGCGAUGUGUACUCCCUAUGCCCACUUCUACCUCAACGCUGGGCUCCUCCUCCCACACUGAUCCCGUCGUUAUCGGUUUCUAUUGUGGCCAAGGUCGCGGCCACGGAAGACGACCCUGAAGCUUCCGCCGAAACGCGUCUUCUGGCUCAGCAACAGCUUGACUGGAUCUCCGACCUGGACAAUCAAGAGCCGAAAAUUGUGGAGGGCAGUCUUGGCGAAGUGGCAUCGGAGGUUUAUACGCGACCCACGCGACCCGGCACGGUUCCAAAACUCCAAGGUCCGUUCGACUUCGACCUGAACCCGGAGGACGAGCAGGACGAUGAGGUCGAGCUCAGGGACAUUUACGUCAUUGGAGAAAAGGCCCGCCUUGCCGACCUGAUGAUGGGCGAAGAAGAGGAUCUGGAGAUGGAUGAUGAUGAAGGGAACGGCUUGUCCUUGUCAGUCAUCUGUCUCCUCUCCACCAGCGGGCAGGUCAAGGUUUGCCUCGACGUGGAAGGGGUCGAAGCCCAAUGGCUUCCACCCAAGCCAAAACACAGAUCGAGGCAGUUUGCCGCCCCCGCCAGCACGCCAUCUCUCCUUACCUUCCAGACCUUCGAUACUCUCAAGCCCGUCGAGGUGGUACCUGAAAGCUGGCCCGUCUUUAGCGAGGACACCACUUCUCGUUAUUCAUUCUACAUCACGCACCCCGCGGGGAUCACGUUUGUUUCCCUGGCGCCGUGGGUGUUCCGACUCGAGAGUGAACUGCAGGGAGAUUCGGAGGCCGGUGCGGAAUUCCGCCUCGACCUCCUCGUCCAAGGGCAAGGAUCGGAACGGGAGCGCAUUUACACCCAGGGCCGCGGUCAAAACUCGCUAGCGGCAGCCACGGCCAUCCGGGACCCCGACCUUGGCCACUUUGUCCUGUCUGCCACUCACAACGACCCGGUCGCCCUCUUUUUCGAGACACCGGAGCGGGACAGCGUCCCCAGGGAGUCUCCGGCAGCGGCUCUUGAACAUGUGGAUUCGCCACAGCCGGAGAUCGGCUGGGAACCGCGCCCUCUUUUCUACGCAUCGGAAGCGCUGGACCGCAAGAGCGCAAUGCCGGCGUGGAUCGACCACCUAAAGACGGGCAGGAGGCGCCCAUUGUUCCAUCAGGAGGUGCGUCUUUCGAUGGCGACCCUCGAGGUUCUCACCGAAGGGCACAAGGUGCUUGCCAACGAGGUAGAUACGAUCAACGAUGCUGUCGCACAGCUCUUUAGGAAAUGCCAGACGCUUCAGGAGGAACUGAGGCUGCAAAUUGACAAGGCCAACGAGGCCAAGAAGAAGGUUGACCUAAUCACCGGCGAAGAUUCGGCAGACGACGAGCCGCCCAUCUCGCAAGACGACGUCACUCGGGACCGACUUCGUCAAGCUCGCGAGCGGCAAGAGGGAUUGGCAAACAGAAUGGAGAAGCUGAAGCGGCAACUGGGCAGGGCAACUAGCCGUGAGCUGAGCGACAAGGAGAAAGCGUGGGCAGAGGAAGUGCGGGCGCUUAGCGGCAGCAUCCUUGGUUCUGAGGCGGAUCAAACUUCGUCGACUCCUAAGGCUAAGCAGCCUUGGAAACGAUUCGAGGAAAUCCAAGCCCUCCGGGACACCUUAUUUGCACAGGCUGAACAGUUGCAGCGGGCUCGGGAGGGAACCGACAGCGACGCUCCCGCCUCGUCGUUGCCUGGCUUGCGAAUCCCCGCUGAGGUGCGCCGGCAAAAGAUGUCGCAGGUCAUUGGUCUGUUGGACCGGGAGUCUGCUCUCGUUGACGCAGUCAAGGCCCGUAUCGAGAGACUGAGUAUUGGAUAG